CCUUUUUAUACUGAUAUUCUAUACUUGCAAAAUGAAAAUAAUAAUUUUGAAAAUAAAAACCAUUUAUCAUAUUAAUACAAUAUUAAAGACCGUACAUAUACCGAACAAAAGACUGCAUCCAAAACUGAUUAACCCUUAAUUCCCAAAAUUUCGCGUAGUGCUGUAGGAUCACUAAUUGCAGCACGCUUUUGAGCAAGAAACUUUCUUCGGGUGUGAAAAUGCACGUUCGUGGGUUUCUUGCGAUGAGAGCUCUUGGUAUCCGCAUCUUCGUCGUCUGACUCCGAAGAGGCAGAAGACGACACGUUUUUUCUCUUACGCUUAAGUUUCUUCUCCUCUUUUUCUUUUUUAUCUUUUUUAUCAGAAGUUGACAAAGAUUUCUUCUUGGAGGAUUCCUUUUUCUCUUUCUUUUUCUCCUUAGAGUCUUUCUUGUCCUUCUUCGAACGCUUAGUUUUCUCCUCCUUCUUUUUUGAAGAUGACGACGACGAGUGCUUGGACUUCUUUUCUUUUUUCUUUUUCUUGGUUUCUUUCUCAGAGGAGUCUGCGUUCUCAUUGUCUGAACUAUCUUCCGCAAUUCUGUUUUCGUCUUCGGCCGCUUUCUUCAUCCAAUCUGAAAACUCACUUGUAAAUGUUCCACCCAAGACAAAACGACGUGCCAGUUCGAGAGAUCGAAGAUUCUUGGACUCAGCAUCCUUUCGUUGAUCCAAUUGCUUACGAUGCUUUGCUUUUUCGGCUGACAUUCCGUAAGCAUUUUCAUCACCGUUCAGCCUUCCGAAAAUAGCAUUGAAUUCACCUAACCCACUCCAUUCAGUAUCGUUGGAAGGUUUAGCACCUAUACCAAGUGUAUCGUCCUUCAAAGCCACUUUGAUGUUGUGAACCCGGCCGUGCUGUUGUUGGCCAAGACCAUUUCCAUCUUGCCAACCGUAGGAAGCAAGAAGUUUGAAUCCUUUACGAUCCUUAUUUUUAGCCCACCUGGAAUUUCUUGGAUCAGCUCCAAUUUGUUGUUUUACUUUAUUUCCUGCCAAUCCCAUUGUAGUAUACGAGAAUCUAACAAAGAACCAACUAAACGAACAAUUUUUGAAUCCACUACUUUACAAGGUGUCCACUCACUCUAUAUGAAAAAGAGAGAUAGUCCUUAAAAAAUAGAAGAGUUUAGUAGUCAGAAUGUACGGAAUCCCAGAUUGCCAAGGUUGUAAACGUGUUGUGAUAAAGUCGCAAUUGAACAAUUAGAAAACGUUUCUCUGUCUUACAAAGCCCAAAUCAAAUGGAAGUCCCUUCUUUUUUUUAAAUUCUAUCAAUUUCAAGUGGACUUUCCAGGACUUCUUCAGAUCCUUAAUUUGACCUGAAUGUGGUAGUGAACAAGUGAAAAUGACCAGGCAAAUUGUAUUUUUAGGUAGAAGGGAUUUUUGCUACGACAUAAGCAAAGAAUGUAAGGGAUAUUUAUUCUAUCUGAAGAAGGUGUAAAACAAAGAAUCAGUAUUUUUAUGCUGACAAAAUUUUUUUGCAUAAGGCGUUUUAAGUAGAACUCUGGCUAAGCUUCAUUUCUGACAUCAAUUUAUAAAAGAAAGACGAAUUUAAUUUAAAUAUAUGAUGUUUAAAGUAGAAAGAUGCUAUAGUUGAGUGUCGAUCUCUGAGAACGAAAAAAGGUAGUUCUCUAUCCACAUGUCCUAUCUGUAUUAAAAGUUGAUUAUUUUUCUUCUUAGUGACUCUAUUAAAAUGUUUUAUUGCAGUCGUAUUUACCCAAUUGAGGUACAUCAAUCGUUUUACUACUUCCUCUACUGCUCUUUGCAUCCAACUUCUACCAACCCCAAUGGACACCAAAACGAACCCUACGGGACAAGUGCAGGUUCGCUUUACGACAAGAAAUCCGGAAUUAACUGUUGGUGAUACACCAAUUCUGAUUCCCACUUCUUUGAAGCGUUAUGGAUUGUCACAAAUUGUCAACCAUCUUUUAAAAUCAGAUAAACCUACUCCUUUUGAUUUCUUGAUUCAAGGUAACCUUCUACGAACCUCAUUAGACGAUUACAUUGUUCAAAAUGGUCUAUCCACCGAGUCCACUUUGGAUCUUGAGUACAUAGAAUCGACACUUCCUCCUCAAUACCUUGCUUCUUUUCCCCAUGACGAUUGGAUUUCUGGCGUUCAACUUUCCUCUGACUAUAUCUUGACCUCUUCUUACGAUGGUAUUGCUCGUGUCUGGGACAAGAGCGGUCAAGUUAAAUUGCAAACUACUGCCUUAGGUUCAUCCUUAAAGAAUGUUACAUGGAAAAAUCCAAACACAAACUUUUUAACAUCAUCUCUUGACCAGAAGAUUCACUUUUGGGAGAUUGAAGAUGACCUUUCUAAGACUGAGGAUGAGAAAUUUAUGGCAAACUUGAGUACCGCUUUUACCGGCCAUAAGGGUCUCAUAGAAUCUGUCCGUGCUUUACCUGAAACCAACAUAUUUUUAUCUGCUUCAGCUGAUAAGACAGUCGGUGUAUGGGACUUUGAAAGAUCACCAGAAACAACAUUGGAGCCUUCUAGUGCAACUUCUUCUAAACGUCGUCGUAAAAAUGAUGAAUUCGUUCCUCGUAACGGUGCUCGUGCUCCUUUGUUCUUAUGUGAAGGACAUAGCGAUAGUGUGACGAAUGUAAUUUUUGCUCAGGAUCCUUCUGCUGCUUAUUCAGUCAGUCUUGAUCACACUAUCAAAACGUGGGAUCUUAUCACUGGACAGACUGUCGCCUCAAGAAUCACAAAGAACCCCCUUCUUUGUAUCGAGAAGUUAAACGAUCUUCACCUUCUUGCCUGUGGUUCAACUGGUCGGUCUAUCACACUUCAUGAUCCUCGUGUUACAAGUGAUAAAAUAACUUCUAUGACUUUGUCUGGACAUAAAAACUUGGUUUCUGAUUUAUGUGCCAGUCCUGAAAAUCCAUAUAUGUUCGCAUCCGUCUCACACGAUAAUUCAUGCCGCGUUUGGGAUGUACGUGCUACCUCUGGCAGUAUUUAUACAUUGCCAAGAACUGUUAAGGGAGGUUCCCAAUGGGACAAACUUUUCUCAGUUGACUGGAACAAGUCUAUCGGUAUAGUUACUGGUGGUACCGACAAGCAGCUUCAAAUCAACCAAUCUUCAUCCUUCGACAAAAGCCAGUAAAAUCUGACUUUGUUUUUAAUAUAAAUAGGUUUAAAAUGGGACAAUUAGGAUUUUGAGAAUCUGAAAAAUUUUUGGGAACCGGUGAAUUUCUAUGAGUUAAAGGACUUCCGUUAUUUAGUUACAAAUAGAUACAUUUCUUGGAUUAAUACAAAAUUGAUAUAACACGAAAAUUAACAGUAACAAUUCCUAAUAAAUAAG